AUGGCCACCUUCACCAGAGUCUCCGACGACGAGACUCCGUCAAUAAUUUUAGACACUUCCAAGCGUCUCUCCAAGAUCGAUCGAAAUAUUUACGGUGGUUUCACCGAGCACAUGGGACGAUGCAUCUAUGGGGGCGUCUAUGAUCCUAACAAUCCGCUUUCAGAUGAACAUGGUUUCCGCAAGGACGUGCUCAAGGCAUUGAAAGAGCUGCAAAUGCCUGUGGUCAGAUAUCCUGGCGGCAAUUUCUGCGCUACUUAUCAUUGGCGUGAUGGCGUUGGACCCAAAAAAGAUCGACCGGCAAGGCCUGAAUUAGCUUGGGUCACGACAGAGACCAAUCAAUUUGGCACAGACGAGUUCAUGAAAUGGUGCGAGGUGCUUGGGACCGAGCCUUACAUCUGUCUGAAUUUUGGCACAGGGACUCUUGACGAAGCUCUCGGCUGGCUGGAAUACUGCAAUGGCACAAGAGACACUUACUACGCCAAUCUGCGUCGAGUGAACGGCCAUCCUGAGCCUUACAAUGUCAAAUACUGGGCUCUAGGUAACGAAAUGUGGGGAGAAUGGCAAGUCAACCAGAUGACUCCCGAACAGUACGCUCAACAAGCCUUAUCGUGGGCCAAAGCCCUGAAACUCCUCGACCCCUCCAUCAAACUCAUCCUCGGCGGCUCCGAUGGCCUAGCUGGCACACUUUGGGACUCCCAUGUCCUCCACCACUGCUUGCAGCCCAUCGCGGAUCAUUUUUCCCCGUUCCCCAAAACACCACUCAUAGACAUGCACAGCAUCCAUAUCUACACCAUUGCUAAGGACCACAUCCCUAACGCCCUCGCUCCACUCGCCGCUGAAAAAGCAAUCCAAACGACCUCCGCACUCAUAGAUGCCGCCUUGAUCGCCAACAAAGUGGUCAUCAAAGAUCCAUCAUGGAGGCCCAAGAUCUGCUUUGACGAAUGGAACGUCUGGGACCCAGUACGUGCAGAAGGUGAGAAGGGAGGAGAGGAAAGAUACACCCUAAGUGAUGCACUGGCUGUGGGCAUAUGGUUGAACGUGUUCGUGAGACAGAGCGACAAACUGGGCAUGGCUUGUCUUGCGCAGGCCGUGAAUGUGCUCGGCCCUCUUCUGACCAGUAAGGAAGGCAUGGUGAAGCAGACGAUUUGGUGGCCGUUGUGGCUUUUUUCCAAGUACAUGAAAGGAGAGAGGGUGAGCGCGUGGGUCAAAUGUGGGGCUUAUAAGGGAGAGACGGAACCUAAAUGGCUCGGAGCGAUGAGGGAGGUUGGAUGGUUGGAUGUCAGUGCUUGUGUGGAUGAAGAUGGUUGGUGCAAUCUUGUCGUCGUGAACAUUAACGAGCAGAAGGAAUGGGAGUCGGAGAUUGAGGGCCUGAAGGCUGGAAAGGUGAUCGUUUGGACGGUGACUGGCAGUGGGGUAUGGGUGACGAACGUGAAGGGAAAUGACAAGGAGGUUGUGGCGAAUGAGAGUGCAUGGAACGGGGAGGGAAAGUUCACUUUUCCGAAGCACUCGCUAACGAUGCUGAGGUGGAGAAUCUGA